GGCCCCAUCUAGUUGCCGUACUAGUAAAUGUAUCAAAGAGUAGUGGACCUUUUUGUGAAAUCCAGAGUGGGGUUUCUCUUCGUACUUUUUAGGUAUGCGUGGCUGAUAUCAAACAACAUUGAAAUAAAUUGAUGUUAUAAGUCCAAGUUGAAGUGGCAGACAUAAACUGCUAGGCUCACAGCAUUGGCUACAUAGCAGGCAACUUGCACGUUUUCAGAGGAAAAAUGCCUACUAGUUGGCUCAUAAGCAAAGAAGGAGUUCACAAACCCCUUGAACUACCUCACCUUCUGACCGUGGUCUUGGGUCGGGGUCCAGAGACUACAAUAAAGGACAAAAAGUGUUCGAGAGAGCAAGUUGAACUAAAAGCAGAUUGCAACAAAGGAUAUGUCAGUGUAAAACAGUUGGGGGUAAAUCCCAGCAGUGUGGACUCAGUGGUGAUCGGUCGAGGCAACCAGGUGAAACUAAAGCCAGGACAACAGCUCCACAUGGUCAAUCAGACAUACGCUUACGUUGUCCAGUUUAAAGAGGAUCCUAGAACUCUGCUUGCAUCCAAGGAUAGCGGUGGAACCAAGAGGCCCCAAGAGCCUAGCUCAGAGAAGGGUGAACUGCACAGGGACGCCCCAAAGUGUAAAGUAUCAAGAGAAUCAGAGAAGAAGCCCUGUCCGAACGACGACCCAGUCAAGAUGCCUCCCACCAAGAAUGCACCCCACGCUACUGAAAAAGAGUCUUCAGGCCAUUGGAGCCAAGGACUAAAAGCCUCAAUGCAAGAUCCUACAAUGCAGGUUUACAAAGAUGAAAGGAUAGUUGUCAUAAAGGACAAGUACCCUAAAGCUCGCUACCACUGGCUGGUGCUUCCCUGGGAGUCCAUCCCCAAUCUCAAGGCCUUGAACAGGGACCACUGUGAUCUACUAAAGCACAUGCAAAAGGUCGCUGACAGGAUUGUGGGGCAGUGUCCGGAUGCCAGUCUGCUACGCUUCCGUUUGGGCUACCAUGCCAUUCCCAGUAUGAGCCAUGUCCACCUCCAUGUGAUCAGCCAGGAUUUUGACUCCCCUUCUUUAAAAAACAAGAAACACUGGAAUUCUUUCACAACUGACUAUUUUAUUGAGUCUCAAGAGGUUAUUGCAAUGCUAGAAAAGGCCGGGAAGGUUACAAUCAAAGAAGGAAUGAAUGAUUUACUGAAGCUACCUAUCCGAUGUCAUGUCUGUCAGAAGGAGCUGUCCACUAUACCACAGCUGAAGGAGCACCUCAAGUCUCAUCUACCCAAAUAAAGAGAUUACCUUUAUAGGCCAUUCAAUAUUAUGAGUCACUCAUGUCAGAAAUGACCCUUCACAUAAUUUCUAUAUCAGUAUUGGUCAUAUAUAACCUACAUUAUGUAAAAGGUUUCUGCAAACUAUGUUGACCAUUAAGAUUGACAUGUUUUUGAAUUCUGAUUUCUAGUUUUCAAAAAAAAAAAGAAAAACAUUUUUUUAAAUUUGCAAUUUAGUUAAGGAUUGGCAAAAGACUGAAUAAGCCACUGUAAGUCUUAUUUUGUUAAAGGAACAAACCAUGACCAUGUGAAACAGACAGCGGCCUGAGUACUGGACUAUACAUGAUAUAGUUGUAGAAUGUUGAGCCAGAUGCAGUCAUAAUAGAUUCAGUUAUGACAACCAAUCUUUUAGUUUUUCAGUUGAAAAACAAUUUGUAGGAAAUAAAUCACUACAGUUCAGGC